AUGUUCGGCUGGGGCAGCGACGAAGAGGAGGAGCAGUACGCCUCGGACCACUCGUCCCACCACUCUGAGGCCUCUCACCAUUCCUCGCAUCAUUCGUCUCACCAUUCGUCCCACCAUUCUUCCUCGUCUUCUUCUUCCUCUUCCGACUCUGAUGAGGAAGCCCCAUCGGCCGGUGGCAACGCGUUCUCGAGCGCCCUCGGCGGCGCUCUCGGAGGAGCGCUGGGCGGCAUGCUCGGCGGCAAGGACUUGCAGAAGAAGUUUGGCAAGCUCCAGUCCUUCUUCGGAGACGACAAGAAGAAGAACAAGACAAAGGAGCCUGAGCCUUCCUCGUCCUCGGCCCCGCCGCCUCAGCCCUACAAUGUUCCUGCUGGUGCACCCUAUGGCGCUCCGCCUCAGCAGUACAGUCAGCAGCCUUAUGGUAACCAGUACGGCGGCUACGGCGGUCAGCCGGGCUACGGACAGCGAGACGGCCACUACGGUGGAGGUGACCAGUACGGUAGCCAGGGCUAUCAGCAACAGCAGGGCUACGGCGGAUACCAGCAAGGACCUUACGUACAGCAGCAGUACGGCGGCCAGCAGUACGGACAACAGCCUGGCUACGAUCAGCAGCCCUAUGGCGGCCAGCAAUACGGCGGGCAGGGCGGCUACGGCCAGCAGGGCUUUGGCCAAGAGCACGGAAGUCGCGGCCAUGAAGGCUACGGCGGUGGCCAGAGCUAUGGCGGCUCGCCUGGAGGUGGCUACGGCGGGUACCAGCAGCAGUCCUACGGCGGUAGUAACCCGCCGGGCUCGCGCCGCCGCGCCCUCCUCGUUGGCAUCAACUACCCGGGCACCUCAGCCGCCCUGGCGGGCUGUAUCAACGACGUGCACAAUGUGCGCGAGUUCCUCAUGAAGCACGGUUACAACGAGUUCACGAUUCUGACCGACGACCAGUCAGACCCCAGUCGCAUGCCCUCGCACCAGAACAUUGUGAACGGCAUGCGCUGGCUUGUGAGUGGGGUGGAGCCAGCUCUGGACAUGGCACCCAGGCCGAAGGACACGACACGCGGACCGAAGCCGAUGGCAUCAACGAGGCUUGUGCAUGGAAAGGAGCCAGCUAACGCAAGGUACGAGGCGAUGGUGCGCCCCCUCCCUGCCGGGGUCAAGCUCACCGCCAUCUUCGACUCGUGCCACAGCGGCACAGUUCUGAACCUGCCAUACGCCGGCGUGAUCAAGGAGCCGAACAUGUUCGACAACGCGGGCAGCACCGCACUUGAUGCAGGCAUGCGUUUCAUCUCGGGCGACAGCGCCGGCGCCAUGCUGAGCAUGUUCUCGGGCGCCAAGUCUGCCUUUGGCGCCAAGAAGGCUGAUGCCUACCUCCGCGAGAACAACACGACCGAGGCGGACGUCACUGUGUGGUCUGGAUGCAAGGACGAUCAGACUAGCGCCGACGUCCAAAGCGGCCAGGAGCCGACGGGUGCCAUGAGUUACGCCUUCAUCCGUUCGCUGAAGAACAACGAGCGCCCGACGUUCAACGAACUCCUGAACCAUGUCCGCGAGGAGAUGCACCAUGGAGGAUACAGCCAGAAGCCGCAGUUCAGUUCUGGAAAGCGUGAGCUUGCCAACCCCGACUGCUAG